AUGGUAAAUUCGGGGCUCAUCAAAGAUGGUUGGUUUUGUGAAGUGAACGACAAUAGUUUUCCGGGCCAAGGUCUCGCUUUGAAGGUCGAGGAGGUUCUUUACCACUCGAAGAGUGAAUUUCAAGAUAUUUUGGUAUUCAAAAGUUCUUCAUACGGCAAUGUGCUGGUCCUUGAUGGUAUCAUACAGGCCACCGAGAGAGACGAGUUUGCUUAUCAAGAAAUGAUUUCAUGCAUUCCUCUUUAUGCACACAAGGCUCCACGCAAAGUUCUGGUUAUAGGCGGCGGUGACGGCGGCGUGGUCAGGGAAGUCGUUAAGCACUCAAGUGUAGAGAGUGUUACUCUCGUUGAGAUCGACGAGUUUGUCAUUGACUUAGCUAAGGAAUAUUUGCCUGGUAUGGCUUGUACAUUUGGUCAUCAUAAAGUUCAAGUUAAGUUGCAGGACGGAUUCCAAUUUUUGCGCGAUGUGGCAACACGCGAGCGGUACGAUGUAAUUAUAACAGACUCUUCAGACCCAGAGGGCCCUGCUGAAGCAUUUUUUCAACAGGAAUAUUUCGAGUUGCUGCACAGCGCCCUCAAUGACGACGGAAUAGUGAUUGCACAAGCCUCAGAGAACGUCUGGCUCAACCUAGGAUAUAUCCAAAAUCUCGUGAAAACUGCAAAAGCAGUGUUCCCACAGGCUAGAUAUUGUUACACCACAGUACCCACGUACACAUCCGGCCAGCUAGGUUUGAUUGUGUGCGCUAAAGACAAAUCUGUGAAUCUCGAACACCCUAUGCGUUCUCCGAGCCUCGAGGAGCAGUCCCAAUUAAGAUACUACAACGCCGGAAUACAUACAGCGUCGUUUGUCCUUCCCACUUGGGCGCACCACCAAAUUUAUAGAUAA